AGUCGGGGUGAGAAAAGGAUCAAAUGAGGAGGAGGAACGAAACUGUGUUGGAUUUAGAAAGUGUACUGUCGAGGGACUUUUUAUAUAUGUAACUGUUUUUUUUUAAGUUAUAGUUGAAGUCUUAUUACGUUGAAAUAUAUCCGUGUUUAGAUUCCAAAUAUUAUUUAUCGGAACGCAAACACAAAGAUAAAGAAAUAACAUUAUAAGCUUAGUACAUUAGUCGUUAUUAUGAUGUUAUACUAAAAGUAAAUUAGUCAGAAGUUAUAACUUAUAAGUUAUUACUCUUUACUCAAACGUGUGUGCUUUGAACAGGUCUUUGAAACUAAGGAAAGAGAAAAGACAGAAGUGUUGAAAAAACAUGGAAAUUAUAUUGAAAGAUGAGGCAGCUUCAAGCAAACCUUUAAAACAAGCACGACUUCCUUUCAAAGUUUUAGAUAUCAGCAGUACACUUCAGACUUCAUCACCAAAUCAAAAGAAGAGAAAACUUUCUGAUGACGAUGUAGGAAAAGUUUCCAAGACGCCUCGUGAAGAAUUUUCAACCAAAGAAUGUGUGUCACUAGCAAACAAUCCAAACACAAUAGAUACUUCAGCUGAAGCUGAAAAUAUUCCUGUAGUGAGUUCUAAGGCUUGCCCAAUUUUAGAGGUCUGUGACAUUCAAAACCAACAAGGUGGAGUUGUAGACCAUAAUAUUCAAGAUUCAAUCAGAGAUAUAGGAAGUGAAAGUAAAACUGAGGUGAAUGUUCAACCUGACCAACAAAUUACAGAUUGUGAUACACUUAACACACAAACAAUUGAGCAUAAUAAGACUGAUUCUAGUCUAUUAUCAAUAGAUCUUGAGAAAUGCCCAGGUAACAAAACUGCUGAAAGGCAUUCAGAACAACCUGAAGAAAUGGAAAAUACAAACAAUACUGAAGAUUUGGAGCAUUCCAGUCCAGGAGACACUUCAGUUUCUUCAGUGGAAGCAGAAGAUACAAGCAUGAUUGAAAGUAAAGAUGAAGAUACUGCUGUAGUAGAAACAUCUGAUACAAGUAAGAUAUUUGGAGAAUCAAAUGAAGAACAUGGAAUUAAAAGAACACUUUCUCAGAGGUCUGUGACAGGAGAAACAAAAAAGGAAAAUGGUAAAGGCAGAAAAGUUUCCCUUGAAACAAAUGAAGAAAGGCUUAAGAGAAAGGAACUUAAAAAACAAGAGAGAGAAAGGUUAAAGAAAGAAAAGGAAAGGAUCCAGAAAGAAGCAAAGGAAAAAAAAGAACGUGAACGUCUGGAAACAAAGGCCAAGAAAGAAAAAGAAAAACAGGAAAAAAAGGAUAAAGAAGAGAGAGAAAAACAAGAAAAGAUCCGCAUGAAACAGGAGAAAAAAGAGAAGGAAGAAAGAGAGCGUCAAGAGAAAUAUAAACAAAAAGAGGAAGAAAGACAAAAAAAGCUGCAAAUUUUAAAUGCUAAGUUGGAAGAAAAGAAAAAAAAGGAUGAAGAGAGGCAGAAAAAAUUAGAGGAAAAGAGAAAAGCAGAAGAAGAAGAGGAAAGAAAAAAAGAAAAGGCAAAGGCUACAUUUGCAAGUUUUUUUGUAAAAACAGAACCUAAUCCUAUCACCAAUGAGGAAAAACAGCAAGGAAUUUUUCUGCCAUUUGAAGUAACGAAAAACAUGGUACUUGCUCCUGUUGUUCCUGAAUUCAGUAGUGCUAAUUUUGACAAAGAAAAUAUGGAAAAACAGUUACAAGGCCAGGUACCACAUAUGGUAUACCUGGAAGAGUUAAAAACAGAGAAAUACAGACCUUUCUGGACCAAGAAAUGUCAAAAAGUUGAAAAAGAGGAAGAAGAAGAUAUUUUUAUUGAAUCUGAAGAGCGAAAGAUGAGGCCAAAACUUAAAGUGAAAUUGUUGCAGUUUUGUGAGAAUGUGAGGCCACCUUACUGGGGCACCUGGAGGAAGAGAAGUACAAGUGUGAACCCCAGAAGACCAUUUAGUAGAGAUGUAAUAUUUGACUACGAAGUUGACAGUGAUGAGGAGUGGGAAGAAGGAGGCCCAGGAGAAAGUUUGUCGGGAACUGAGGACGAAAAAGAAAGUGAAGAUGAGUACGAAGUGGACAACGAAUUUUUUGUUCCCCAUGGCUACUUGUCAACAGAUGAAGAGCAGGAUGAUGAAGGAAAUCCGCUGACAAAAGAACUUAAUCCUAGUCAACUUUUGCAAAUAGGGAUGGAUGGUCCAAAUGUUAAUUGGCCAUUCCAUGAGAAAUUAGAAUCAGAGUUAAAAACUAAAAAUUCAGACCCAUUUUUAAUCAACAUUGGGUUUUGUGAUCUCCACACAGUCCAUGGGGCUCUUCAAGAAUUUGAAGCUGAGAGGAAGAACAAGUGUCCUACCUUGAAGCCUCAAAUGAUUGGUUGUUUGUGGGAUGAUGAUGACGAUAGACCAGGUCAGGAAGAACUACGCAAGGCUCUGGAGCAAUACCGAGCAGUAAUUCUUGCUACUAGACCCAUAGCUACAUCCUUAUCUUUAGCAAAGCUCUCAUGUGAAGAUGAUAUUUCCAUGAUUAAUUCUAAUGGUUCAGCAGCAAACACUACAAUGGUGGAUGGUGGAACUCCCAGACAAAGUCAGAAACGUCCUGUUCCUGAGGAAGCAAUACCUCAUCUGAUUCGUUUGAUUCAUGCAAAUGUUCUUGGUCGGCAUGUCCUGAUUCGAGAAUUCCAGCAGUACUGGGUUCAGUUCUGUGAAAGAAACAAUCAAACAAGUGGGCGAGAAAGUAUCAAUAUCCCAAAAAAUUCAACUCAUCUUCAAUCUGCUAGUGAUGAGGAGCAGGGACAGAAAACUGAUGCUGUAAUUUCUCGAGCAUCUCCUGUUAAUGAUAAAAAUUUCCGCUAUAAGAUUUCUAAACGUCAGCUUGAGAUAACCUUUCAAAAAAUAGCAUCCUGGAAACGAUGUGACCUUCCCUCCUUCAACAAAUUCUGUUGGUGGAUCCAUCAAGAUGUCCUUGAAAAAUAUGGCCUUCAAGAUCUUCCCAUUCCUAACAGAUGGCAGUAUGUGUCACGUAAAGAUCCUGAGCCUGUUCAGCCAGUCUCAACACCAAGCAGUGGUACAGGUAAUAAUUGUUCAAUCACUAAGUUCACUUGCAGAAUUGACAAGUCUUCUCCAAACAUUGUCUCCCCAAGGCCAUUAUGUGAAACAGAAACCCAUAAGGAACGAAGAAGAAUUACUCCAACUCUUCUCUCCAGCCUUUUACCCUCAAAAGAUAAGCAAGUUAUCUGUGGUGAUGAUAAGAAGACAACUCAGCCAAUCCUAAAGUUUACUCGGAGAAUUACUCCUGUCACACUUUUGUCUACUACAUGUAACACACUGGGUAACCUGAAGCCAUCCAGUCCAGCUCUAAACUCCAAAAACACACAGUUUGAUAAGGAAGUAGGUUCUGUUUGCCAUGAAACUGAAAAACAUGAUUUUCAAACUAGACCAGACAGAAUGGCUCUGAAUAUUAUAUCCAUUGAAAAAGAUAAGAAUAAGGUUUCAUCUUUUCCACAUCAGGAGGCUGAGGUAUCUUCAAAAAAUUUCUCUAGAGCAGAUUGCUCUGGAAGUGAGUCCAUAGUUGAGGCAGAAGUUAUUGUAAUAGAUUAAGUAAAAAAAUAGCAAAUGGAUAUCACUGUUUUAAAAAGUUAAUGUGAGAAUAUGACGUAGGAAUCCAUCUUGCUCAAAAAAUUAAACCUCAGAUACAUUGUUUUAACUGUUUAAGUGAUUGACACACUACAAAUGUUCAGGUAUUGAUUUCUGUGUGAAACUUUGGAAAACGACUGCUUUUGAGGCUGUAAUAAAGUGAACAAAACCUCCAGUAAUUAGUUCAUAUAUUAUACUACUAAAUGCAUUUAGUUUGAUUUUAGAGGUUGAAUGCAAGUGAACAGUGUGUUUGGGGGGGGGGGCUCAUCCAUUUGGCUUUUUGCUUAUUUUAGUUUUAAGUUACAUACAGCUUCAAUAGUUGGUCAAAUUGUACAAAAUGUUUUGAAAAUUGGCAGUUCUUGCUUCAAAAAUUAGUGUUGCAGACAAAGUAACGAGCACUGAACUGGUUCCUUUUUUAUAAGCUUAAUCUUUAAAGGAUAAUCAUUUUUGUAAAUGGACAUUUCGAGAAAUUAAAAUAUUUUCAUAACUUUGA